AAAAGUACUACCAAGCGAAGAAUUAAAUGACAAUUGGAUGAGCGACAUAUGGACUAGAUAACAUGCAGAGCGAGUGAUAUACUGCAUCAUAGAAGCAAUGAAGUACUAUAGGAAAAGUGAGGAGUCCAUGCGAGAAACUGCAUUAAGACUCGCCACCGAGGAGGAGAACAAGCGAAAGACUGAUCCGAAUGAGACCCACGAACGGUCCAUUAUUAUCCUUGGCAGCAAGGGAGUUGGUAAGACAACGAUGGUGUAUCGAUUUCUCGAAAAGGAGGAAAGACCGAAGCCGACCAUUGCGAUGGAUUAUUCGUUCGGUCGUAAAACUAUAAAAAGUCUAGUGAAGAAUAUAGUGCACGUGUGGGAAGUGGGUCACUUGGCUUCUUCUUUAGUGUCGGUUGCGAUGACGGGAUCCACGCUAACGCAUUCUCCUCAUCACACUGUUUUAUUGAUGAUGUUGGAUUUAUCACGGCCAGGCGAAUUAUGGGCUUCCUUCGAGGAGACCCUCUCGGUGAUACGAAGCGGCUUGAAGAUGAGUUACGACGCGAACACUGUUCAAGAAUUGCGAGAAAGAAGGAUAGCCGACAACAAAAAGGACCUGGAUCGUGGAGUCGAUCCGUUUCCCAUGAAGAUAAGUAUCGUGGGCGGACGAUACGAUGAAUUCAAGGAAUUCGACUUAGGUAAGAAGGAACUCGUCGGCAAGACGCUGAGGGCGAUGGCUCACAACUUGGGCGCGAGUCUUUACUAUUAUUCGUCCAAAGACAAGGUCCUCGUGCGGCGAAUUAAAGAUUUAUUAUCUCACCAUGGAUUCGGCUCGCCGUUUACGGAGGAAAAGUGCACCGAUUAUGAGAAGCCAUUAAUGAUGCCGGCGGGCGCGGAUUCAUUCGGACGGAUCGAUCUGCAAUUCCCGCAAACGAGACCGUCGGCUACUUUAGACAUCGUCAAACAAAUUUACAUAUCUCGUAUACCGCAAGUAUCGAAGAGUGACGAAGGCAUUCUGGAGGACCCCAGCAACGACCCUAACUUCAAUGAGCCCAUUAUCGAUAGACUGAGAAUGCAGCGAGAAGAGGAGAUCAGUGUACUGCUGAACGACAUGAUGGAAGGCCGGAUGCCGAAAAUUCCUGUGCCCGAUCCAUUCUAGAAGACACAUUCUCGCAUUCUUCUAUACGGGUUUGUUGCAUUCUUCAAGGGACACGAGCAAAAACGAACCGUAAGAUUGGCAGUUUGCGACAGAAAACGAUUUAUUGCGAGCAAUAAUACGUAAAGUUAAAAUAAAGAAUAAAUUCCCGAUUAUAUCGUUAUCGCGGUACAUACAUCUCUUUAAUAGCCAAGAAUAAAUGGAGGAAAUGUACAUAAAAUA